CAGACGUCGUAUGUGACUUCAGCCAUCUGGCGAGUAAUUCUUUCUCAUUCAGUCCGGCCUCGCUGUCGAGUCGAAGCCAUUGCAGGUUCGGCAAUUUUUCGCCCUUAAACCGAAGCUAUUUAAUUAAUCUCCAACAUGGGAUUUAUUAAAGUUGUGAAGAACAAAGCCUACUUCAAGCGGUUCCAAGUUAAGUUCCGCAGGCGUCGUGAGGGAAAGACCGACUACUAUGCUCGUCGCCGUCUCGUUGUACAGGACAAGAACAAGUACAACACUCCCAAGUACCGCAUGAUUGUUCGUUUCACUAACAAGGACAUCUGUUGUCAGAUAGCGUAUGCCCGAAUUGAGGGAGAUGUGAUUGUUUGCGCUGCUUACAGUCAUGAGCUUCCCCACUUUGGCGUCAAGGUUGGGUUGACUAACUAUGCCGCAGCAUACUGUACUGGACUUUUGCUUGCCAGGAGACUUUUGAAAAAAUUUAAAUUUGAUACCAUCUACCAAGGUUGCACUGAAGUUACAGGAGGAGUCUUCAACGUUGAAGAUGUUGAUGAUGGACCAGGCGCCUUCCGCGCUUUCCUCGAUGUUGGUUUGGCCCGCACUACCACCGGCGCUCGCAUCUUCGGUGCCAUGAAGGGUGCCGUCGAUGGUGGCAUUGAUGUUCCCCACAGCACCAAGCGCUUCCCCGGCUACGACGCUGAAUCCAAGGAUUUCAACGCCGAAGUCCACCGCAAGCACAUCAUGGGCUUGCACGUUGCCGACUACAUGCGCCAGCUGAUGGAUGAAGAUGAAGAGGCCUACAAAAAGCAGUUCUCUCAGUUCAUCAAGCACGGCAUCGUCCCCGACACCGUCGAAACGAUGUACAAGAAAUGCCACGAAGCCAUCCGCGCCGAUCCCGAUAGACAAAAGUCAUCAAAGGACCCAUCCAAGAUCAAGAAGAAGCGCUGGAACGCCAAGAAGCUCACAUUGGAAGAGCGCAAGGCUCGUGUCGCCGCCAAGAAGAAGGAAUUCCUUGCCAAGCUGGAAGCUUCUGGCGAAGCCGACGAAUAAAACUUUUGAUUUUGUUCGACUGUUUCUCUGUGCUUUACGAUCUAUUACACCGAUGGAUUGUAGCCAUGAA